CUCAUAAAGAAACCAAAAUGGUUAAAGAAUCACGUCCAAUGGUGGGUGGAGAUGGUCCUAACAGCUAUGCUCAAAAUUCUAGCUAUCAGAAAGAAGGGGCGGAUGUUGCAAAAGAAUUGGUAUGUGAAGGCAUUAAGAAAAACCUUGAUUUCAAGAACCCUAAUUUUGAUAAGUUAACCACAUUUACAGUAGCAGAUUUAGGUUGUUCAACCGGACCCAAUUCAUUCUUUGCAGUUAAAUACAUAAUAGAAGCUGUAAAUCAUAAAUACCAAACCCAACUUCAAAACCCACCACCCUUAGAAUUCCAAGUUCUCUUCAAUGACCAAACAGACAAUGAUUUUAACACUCUUUUCGGAAAUGGGCAUUUUAGUAUUGAAAAUUUACACGUUUCAGAUCGUCAAGUGAAAUAUGAUCCUGAGACCUCCGUGAAGUUUUCUGUCGGUACAAGAUCAGUUUUUCAGGGUCUCUUGAAAGAACACUUCGGAGUUGGUGAAAAUAUUUUAGACCAAAUAUUUCAUAACCUUGCCAAGAAAAUUGCAGACAAUCUCUCCUCAUUUCAUGAGUUAAACCAUAACAACACUGAAUUGUUUAUUCUACUCAGACGCAAUAUCAGUUGAUAAUUAAUUUUCUGUUUAUCAUAUUUACAUGUAUUACAUAUACUUGCUUCGAGUGACUUUGUUUUUUUCUAAAU